AUGUCUGUCGCAACAUUAUCCAAGUCGCUGCCGAAGCCGCAGUACUCGGGCGAGGAGGAGGAGCUCACCAACAGCACGCGCGUGCUAACCGCAGAGCAAUACGAAGCGCAAGUCGUCUCGAAGAAGGGCCCACCCCCCUACGGCCAGAGGCAGCACUGGAGGCCCCGCGCGCCCGAAGACUUUGGCGAUGGAGGCGCGUUCCCGGAAGUACUCGUCGCGCAGUACCCGCUGGAUAUGGGAAAGAAGGGCACACCAUCCACAUCCAACGCCCUUGUAAGGAGAGUCGACGGAGAGGGCAAGACAAAGUAUGACGAGAUCGCGCGACGCGGCCACGGUGAUUCGAGGAUUGUACAAGCAAGCUUCAAGGACCUGAUCCCAUUGCGCCAACAGGCAGACGCCGGCGAGCUGGACUUGUCGCGUCCCUCCGCCGAGGUUGUUCAGGCGACCAAGGAGAAGACUGAGCAGGCAUUGAUGGCACUGGUUCAAGGGCAAAACGCCGCACAAAAGCCAAAGAACGUACAAGGACGAAAGAACGACGAGCCCACCUUCGUUCGCUACACGCCCACUGCACAACACGGUCAAGCGCAGGGUCAGACGCGCAUUAUCAAGAUCCAGCAAAGACAGAUUGAUCCUAUGGAACCACCCAAGUUCAAGCACAAGCGCAUUCCUCGCGGACCGCCAUCGCCUCCUCCACCUGUCCUCCAUUCGCCGCCUCGAAAGCUGACUGCCGAAGACCAAGAACUAUGGAAGAUUCCGCCUCCGAUCAGCAACUGGAAGAAUCCCAAGGGUUAUACUGUACCAUUAGACAAACGUCUGGCAGCCGAUGGUCGCGGUCUUCAAGAUAUUACAAUAAACGACAAGUUCGCUCAAUUUGGUGAAGCGUUGCAGGCUGCAGACAGGCAUGCACGAGAGGAGGUCAAGCAGCGUGCGAUUAUGCAGCAAAAACUGGCAGAGAAGGCGAAGCUGAAGGAGGAAGAGCGUCUGAGAGACCUUGCGAAACAGGCACGACAAGAGCGCGCCAACGCCUCCCGACGACGAUCACAGAGCGACUCGGACACUGAUUCAGAGGAGGAGGCAGUGCGGAAGCGAAUGGAUGCUCGCAAAGAGCGGCGCGAGGACUUCCAGCGCGAACUUCGUCAAUCGAAGAUGGGUACUGAGCGCAAGAUUCAGAUGCUCGCUCGAGAGCAAAACCGUGAUAUUUCUGAGAAGGUUGCACUUGGUCUGGCAAAACCGACACAGAGCGGAGAGUCAAUGUACGAUUCGCGACUUUUCAACCAGUCCAGCGGAUUCAACGCUGGUUUCAACGAGGACAACCACUACGAUAAGCCCCUCUUUGCAGCUCAGGAGGCUUUAAGCAGCAUUUACCGCCCGAGCGCACAACAGGACGACGGAGAGGAUGAAGGAGAGACAUACGACAGAAUCACAAAGUCGAGCAAGUUCGAAGUCCUCGGGAAGGCCAAGGAGGGCUUCAAGGGUGCUGAUCUGCAAGAAGCUCGCGACGGACCUGUACAAUUUGAGAAAGAUACCGACGACCCCUUCGACAUCAAUCAGAUGAUUAACGAGGUUCGUGGUGAAAAAGGCGAGAAGACGGGCGAGAAACGUUACGGCAUGCAAGAGCCCGAGGGCAGGUCUGCCAAGCGUGCCAGGGUAGAUGAUGACAGUGAUUGA